AUGAAACCCCUCUCGCUUCUCUCCGUACUCCCCCUGGCCGCGGCGGCCCCGACCGACGGCGGCUCCAACUCGCCGCCGGGGCUCACGGUGCCCAACGACAUCGUGCCGCAGAACGUCCGCGUGGUCGGCGUCUCGCUCCUGGGCUCGGGCUGCCCGGCCGGCACGGCCGACGUGCAGAUCGACGCCACCAAGACGCUCAUGGAGGUCACCUUCUCCGAGUACAUCGUGGAGACGGGCCCGGACACGCGGGCGUCGGACUGGCGCAAGAACUGCAAGCUCACGCUGAAUCUCGAGUUUGACGAGGGAUUCCAGUUCGCGACGCUGACGACGGACAUGUCGGGCUUCGCGGAGAUACCCGCGGGCGUGCGCGGGCAGUGCACCAACACGUUCGACUUCACGGGCAUCUCGGGCCAGUCGUCGUACUCCGUCGAGCUCAAGGGCGAGGUCGAGGGGCCCUUCACGCUCAAGGCCGACCCGGACGUCGUCUCGUGGUCGCCCUGCGGCGGCACCACGGCCAUCAUGAACAUGAACACGCAGUGCAACAUCUUCCCGACCAAGGAGGAGGCGCUGAUUGCGAUCACGGUCAACAUCUCGCUCGACUGGCGCAAGUGCCGCUGA